AUGCUUAUUCUCCGUGCUGUGGUCAAGUCGAGCCGUUCCCCUCUCCCUGUCAGGACAGGUGUGAAUGGUUUGGCGGGCAGGAAUAAGGUGAGGUCGUUUGUGGCGGUGGCGGGAAUCCCGACCGAAGGAUACCUGCUGACAAGGCCUCCAUGAGCAUCCAGCCUAUUGGUGGGGUCUCGUAAGUCUAACGCCAUCCCAUUCGCUCAGCAGUGAAAUACGGACUCCGUACAUGGCUCGCUUCCACUUUUUUUCAUAUUAACACUCUUUAUACAGCCCGUUCACUUUAUCGGCUUCUGCCUGCAGACCUCUUAUCGAGGGAGUGCCGUCCAUUCCCAAACUUCACGAAUAUUCUACAAAACCGGAUAUGCCUAUACGAGUGGUGAACCUCCUCCUCCUGCUCCUCCUGCGCCUCCUCUGUCAAUCAUUUGCCUCAACGGGAUUUAUUUAUUUAUUUAUUUGCUUACACGUACUUUGUCGGUAAUAAAGCCCCUAACCCCGGACAACGAAACUGCGCGCUUCCAUCGUCAUGAAUAUGUCCCUGAAGUCCAGCGCCCGCACAAGCCCGUGAUAUUCACUAUCAAUGAAGAUCCCGCCACCGUUUCUUCGGAGGUCGGCGCUAUAUUGGGUAAUGCUGAUGCGGAGGUCUACAUGAAGAAGAUGAACCCCGAUGUGCCCGAGAUGCCCAAGAGUGAGAAGGUGGAGUUUUAG